AUGACCACCCCAUCCCCAACACCCACCUUCUCCACCAAAUCCCCCACCAUCCGCCGCAUCCUCGCCGAAGCCCGCGAACUCUCCACGCACCCAGAUCCCUCCCUCCACGCCGCUCCCCUCGACACCAACCUCUUCGAAUGGCACUUCACCCUCCUCGGGCCCCCAGCACCCCCUACUCUUCUGGAAUGUACCACGGCCGCAUCAUCCUCCCCCCUCCUACCCCUUACUGGGCAUCAUGAGGAGACGUGGCAGCCGGCGUGGGGGAUACGUACGGCGUUAUGGGCGUUGAGGGCGUUUAUGGAGGGGGAUGCGAAAGGGCAGGUGGGCGGGAUGGAGAUGGGGGAGUCGCAGAGGAGGGAGUUGGCGGGGGAGAGUAGGGGGUGGGUUUGUGGAGGGUGUGGGGGACGGAGUAAUGAGAGGAUCUUGAGUGAGGAGGGUGGGGGUGGGGAUGGUGGAGAGGGGGAAGGGGAGGCGCAUAAGAUACCGGAGGAGUUGCGGUUUGGGUUUAAAGAUGAGAUGGGGAAGGAGCCGGGGGAGAAGGUGGAUAAGGGAAAGGGAAAGGAGGUUGUUGAGGCGCCUGGGACAGGGCAGGAGGAGGCAAUCAAAGCGAAGAAUGCGGAGAUGUUGGCGGCGGUGCCAGCUACGACUGUUCCUGCGGCGCCGAGACUGAAUAAUGCGGUUCCUGUCGUUGCGAGGACGAGUACAGAUGGUGUGCCCGUCUGGGUUGACAAGGCGAUCACGGGCGUCAUCGCUGCGUUGGCGCUGCUGAUCAUUAAGAAGAUACUGGUAUGA